CCAAUUUAGGGGUUUAUAAUAAUAUAGCAUAUUUGUGUGUUGGGUUAAGGCGAUUGUUUUGGUGACCCGAGUUUAGUAAACGUCGGAAUCGUGUUGUGUUACACAAUAAGCGCGAUUUGCAUGAAUCGGUUUCUGGAAGGGACAAGAUUUUGUCGACAGUUUAUGUACAACUCCUAAGGCAAGAGGUGAUAAGAGUUUGAAUGGAGGUCAAGAAAUCGAGUACGAGUACCGGGAACGAAGAUGAAGACGAAUUCCACGACGCGCUCGAUGAUUUCUCGGUCUACGAUUGCGUUGAAACUCAUCCUCAACCAAUCCAAUCCAGUGGCAAUGUGUCAAUCUCAGCUGGAAACCAUAAUCCAUUGACGGGUGAUAAGGCCCUGCUUCGGGCGGGUCUCCGGUGCCGGAGAUCACACUCUCAUCAUAAAUCCUCCAGCGCCGAUUCAGUGGAGUUGUCGAAGCUCAGCUCCUUGGUAAGUUUGGAGAAUUACUUCAACUCUAGGGAGAGAAGGAUAAUGCUUUCUCGAAAAUGUGAGGAGCAUGACAACAAAUUGGAAAAUUUGGGUUCUCUGGAGACCAGAAACACGUCGGAGUCUCUGAGAGAUGUUUUGGAUGGAGGAAACGAUGAAAAGAAUGAGGAACAUUCUACUCUAACGGACGCAAAGGAUAAUUUACAUGAGGAUUUAGUAAGAGAUGAAUCGAACUUGAGAGAAAGCCAUCACAGAAAUUCAUGUCUUAUAUGGAUUUUAGCCAGUUUAGUAAUAAAGUCCAUCAACUUCCAAAUUUAUUUGUUUCUCAAAUCUUUUAUGAUUCCCAUAUGGUCACUCUAUUACUUGUAUAUGCUUGUCUUUAAUCCAUUUGGCCUUUUGAAGCGCUGCAGAGAAUAUUCAAUUCAAAAAGCAAAAGGGAUUUUUAAUUUUGUGUUUGAAAUGGUGUCAGCAUCUGUGUAUGAAUGGUUGAAAGAACACCAAGCAAUAUGGAAACUGGCUUUGAGGUGUGGUUGGGGAUUGUUGUGGUCGGGUUAUGUGUGUGCGGUGUUGGUGGGAUUGUUGGUCUCUGCUUUUGUAAUGGCUGGGAUACUAAUAAGGGUGUUGGUGGAGGAGCCAAUUAGAAUGAGGAGAAGUUUGAAUUUUGAUUAUCGAGAGAAGAGCCCGACAGCAUUUGUACCAAUAAUAACGUAUCCAGAGUUGAGCCAUGACAUAUAUCUCUGGGAGAAUCCAGAAAUUAUGAAAGCUAGUGUAUCAAGGGUUAUACCACCUAAUCAAAGGUUGAAGGUUACUGUUUCAUUGACAUUGCCUGAGUCCGAGUACAACCAACAUCUUGGGAUUUUCCAGGUCAGAGUAGAUUUCCUUGCUGCUGAUGGCAAAACCAUUGCAAGUUCAAGGCGUCCUUGUAUGUUACAAUUUAGAAGUCAGCCGGUCCGCCAUCUCCUGACCUUGCUUAAGAUUGUUCCUAUCUUAACUGGUUAUACAUCUGAAACCCAGCAUUUGAAAAUAAGUUUUAGAGGCUUUAGCGAAGGUGAGAAGCCAACUGCCUGCUUAAGGGUGGUUAUCGAACAGCGAGCUGAAUACUUGCCUGGUGGUGGUAUCCCUGAGAUAUAUGCUGCAUCUCUCACCCUGGACUCUGAACUUCCUCUGCUGAGAAAGAUCUUUUGGUCUUGGAGGAAAACAUUGUUUGCAUGGAUUAGCAUGGGUAUCUUUACAAUUGAGUUAGUUUUUGCUCUCCUCUGCUGCAAACCCAUUAUUAUUCCGAAAGUAAGAAUGAGGGAAGCUGCUAAUGGAGAUGGUUCUCAGAACAAUCGUCCAGGUCCAAGCUAAUACUCCAAGAAAGGCAACAACUUGCCUAUUACAAGGAUGCCAAAUAUUUAUAGGUUCAUAUGCUGAUCUCUAAGUGUAUCAGAGGUAGAUUACCAUUAUCUUCUAACCUUUUUGUCCGUUUUUUUUUUUUGUUUUUGUUACAAUGGAAAAAUGAGGUGAAAUGUAAAUGUAAAAGUUCAAGGUUCAAAAAGUGUUAUGAGCCUUAUCACAAAAAUAUUAUUUCCCAAACUCGUUUAACUUGUAACCAGGCAUAAAUAUUGCUUAAA